AGGCCCCAAAGAACGUGAAAAGGUGUCCGUAAUUGCUAUUUCAUCACUGUGUCGAGGGCCGCCCUCGUCUCCCACCUGAGAGACGGCCACUCGGAACGGCUGGACCAGGACCUGCCCAUCGGGGCCAUGAGGCGUGCUACAAACCUCUACGCCGAGGGGCUUCGCCUCGUUGAGUUUGAUCGGCCGUGGCGCCACUUUGCUGCCGUCGUCACCGAGGAGCACGAGUCCAGGCUCAAGAUUGCUAUGGCUUGCCCUCGCACAAGUGCUGGCCACCACAGGAGAUGAGAGGCGCCCGCCGUACGGGGGCGAGCGGCAGGUCAAGGAUAUGGUGAGUGCGCUGCAGGUCGUUGAGAGCGACGGUGAAGAAGACGACGACGACGAGGAGGAGGAGGAUGAUGACGACGACGGUGGAGACAAUGAAGAUGUCGAGGAGGAGAAGGAGGGGGAGGACACGCAGCAGCCCCCCGGUGACACCGACGACUCCAGCUCAUCAGACUCUGAGCCCGACAAGAUGCACACUAAGCCCCCGUCGUCGGAUGAAAGCAGCAAGACAUCUGAUCAAGAGAUCACGGCGAAGAAGAUCUCAGAAUCAGAGGGAAUGUCAACCGACGCCUCUGAAAGCCCUGUGGCUCCUCCUGUAAAGACUUAAAAUUUGAAUGGAUUUUUUAAAUUCCAUGUGAUGAUUGUUGGCUGAGCGAUAGCGAAGCCUUCUUCUCCAGUGAUGAUCAAAAAGUUUCGUGUCUGUCUGUCUGUAAUCACGAUGACUCGAGAACGAUUUGAGCUAGGUACCUAAAAUUUUCGUGUAGCUUUUUAGGAUAACUAGCUAUAUGUACGCCAGACCACGUCUCGCGUAACAGGCUUCGCGAUAUCUCACGCCUAGCGUACAUAUACCUAGGCAUGCGGUGCUGACACCCGAGACGAGUCAAUCCCACAGCAUAUGUCGGGGACUUUAUACUCCAAAAUACAGGAGUUGCCUCGAAGCAGACGUCCAGGAAAGAAGUGAAAGAAUAUCGGAAAUAGAAUGUGGAAAUUGUGGCGUUGCCCAAGCCACGAUGAGCGCCGCUAAUGCUUGUUGAGCACUGAUUGGUUAACCGCCCAAUUUCUCAAACCAGUUUCCGGUCCUAUUGUUCUUCUUUCCUCAUGAUCUGCUCCCAGGCAACUCCUCUAGUAGGGAAAUGAAAUUUCUGAUAUUCUAUAGAUAUUCAGUAAAUGUUCUCAUUAGAGAGAUUGAUAUGUAUAAAUCAGCAUUCUAGCGAUAGUAGAUAAUGUAGGGACCCUUGAGUCCAAAGAAGGAUGUGGUUCGACGCUAAAUCUGUGGAUUAAGUAAUUAAGUAUAAUCCUUCACAAUUUUACGAUAUGAAGCCUUUUUAACGAUUUAAUAGACCAUUAGGUAAUUUUCACCAUAUUUUCGCCAAGAAAUGCCCCCUAGCACCCAAACGGUACAAGAUAGAGCAAAACGGACGAAAUUUUUGGUCACAAGGUUCUCCUUUGACUAGUUACCCCUGAAGAGCCCAUAAAAACAUGUGAAAAGAGAAUAUAUUUUGCGACCUGUGGUUUUUGAUUUUCUAAAAAGGCAAUUUUUGGGCUACAAUGCUCAUUUUUGAACUUGAUCGGUCUUUUUAUGGUACAAAACGACCCUGAAAUUCCCAGAUCGCUAUAUUAAUUCCUUCUCGAGUUAUCGUGCGGACAGACAAACAAACACACAAACAGAAUGAAACUUUUCGGUCAGUGGAGUAAUGGGCUUCGCUAACCGCUCAGCCAAUUAGCGAAUAUAGGUAGCCUUUCUUUGUUAUUACCUGAAAUGGCCAAGAUGCGUCCAAAACAGUCAGUUACAACAAAAUACCCCGUACUUUACGUUAUCUAAGGUCCAGUUUUAACUUUAUCAGUAUUUUUAAAACGCUAGUUUUGAGAUUUUCAAUAGCACAGAUGACUCCUUUUGCAUACAACAGAGGAACUUCCUAAAUUCCAAAAUUCCAUUAAUUUGUUAGGGAUACUUUAACUUGUCUCCCUUCACUCACACUUUUACAGAGGACGUGUUUUUGAAAAUCAAGAAAUAUCCUACCCUCAUCAUUCUACCUCGCACUCUUUUAAGAAUAAGAAAGUGAAAUAAAAGUUCAACUUUUGCAACAUUUGUGGUGUGAAACAGUUUUGUCAGCUUUCUGAAAACUUAUCAUUUUGCAGGUAUUCCCCUUCCUCGCUUCCUGGACCAAGUAUUUCACAGUUUCACACAUUGUUUAUGAGUGCAGUGACCGUCUAGACGACCGUCCUCCGAGACAAUGCUACUUGACUUACUGUGAUAGGACUGUCACGCCCAGCAUAUUUACGUUCACAAGUGGCGAGAACUUGAAGCGUCAGCUGUGGGGUAUCCUUUUGCCAGUCACGCACUCGCGCUUUGACUCGAACAUUAAUAAAGCCACAUUCUGACUCAUAGGCGUAUGAGAAAGCACAUUUAGGUUCACAUUUGAAAGCCAGUGAGAUGCGACGUUUCCAAGCAAGGUGAACUCUAAAUUGCCAAGGGAUGUUUUGAAAUUCGCACGCACUGUUAGGUUAGUUGGCUGGGCGAUUAGCGAAGCCUAUUACCAA